AUGCUCAGAACUAGCAAGGCGCCUUUACUCGCCUCAAGGUCUCUCCAGUUACUGGUCCACAAACAAACGCUCGAGAUUGAAUCCGUUCUCAACCAAUUGUAUGAUACCCUCGAUACCUUCAAGAAGACCGUCCAGGCCAUGGUCGCACUCGAACGACAAAUCGAGUCUACUAUCCAACGCAUCGAUACCUCCAAGCUCCUCGAGACCAUCCACCUCCCUUCCUCUUCCUCUUCCUCAUUGUCCUUGUCGUCAUCACCCCAAACAUCUCAGCAAUCAUCAUCAACAGCUGCAGCCAUAACCCCACCCAAGGGAUCAACAAGGGCGAAAUUCUCAUCUGGACCAAGUCUGCUUGAGACUGCAGAAAUUUCCCCGCUGGAAGUAUUGGAUUGGGUCUCGAGGAUCCGGGCCAUGUACGGUCAAGAGCUUAGUCUGAAGGAGUCUCAGAUCCAUCCGGGGAUGGUUGCCCUGGAACGAUUCGAGUCCCUGCAGGACCUGCAACGGAGUUGGGGACUGCAGCGUCGGAUUGAUUUCGGGCUUGAGCAGGAGAUUGUUGAGCGGAUCAAGGCGUACAAACGCGUACGCGAGUUCUCAUCCCGGAAGUGA